UCUUUAGAACAUUGAGCUUCACUCUUUACCUCAACUCUCAUUUUACGCCUACUAAUGCGAAAAGAUGUCUCGACCCGGCCCAUCUGCAGGUCGAAGCCUGACAUUAACGGAGGAACUAGAGAGGCUUGAGCAGUCAAUUACUCUCACUCUGCAAGAGAUCGACUUCAAUUUUAGCAAAGCACACCGAAUCGUCACUACAAGCAUUCUACCUCUCGUCGAACAGUAUGGCGAGCACUCGAAGGCCGUCUGGGAAGCUUCCCAGUUCUGGAAACAGUUCUUCGAAGCAUCCGCCAACGUGUCUCUUUCGGGGUACGAAGAAUUGGCAAACGACGACGAAACCACCACCGCCGAGGAGACUGCACUCGAUGAGACCACGUCCGACUAUAAUAACACUACCGCUGAAGGUGACACCACAGCCGACCCCUCGAACUACGGUGAUCAGCACCAAAGCCACCAGAACCUACCUGACGACUCUAUCCUCGACGACGCCGAAAUGUCGGGUAGCACGCCACGGCCCCCCGCCACCAAAUCUAUAACACACACCCAACAACCGCCGUCCCAAAAGUCAAAGCAGAUAUUCGCCGGCUUCGAAUCUCCGUACGAGAAACUCCGGCGCGAAUACGGCGGCGACACCGCCAUCUUUAGAGAAGAAGCGCAGUUCGCCUCGGACUCCGACUCUGCUGACAACGAAGACGAAGACAAAACGAUGGACCUACCGAACCAGCGCACCGGCAAGCUUCCCAAUAUGUCCAUGACACCACGGUCGUCCUCCCUCCUCGAGCCCGACGUGCAGAGCACAGCGCGCCGGAACAAGGACCCGCUGCUCCACCGGGUGUUGGACAAGAAUUACCGGCUACAAGCGACCCCGCACAAAGGCGUGCCGCAACAGCCGUUAGACCGCGGGUUCAGGGCGCGUCCGCUGUCGCCGGUUAAAGACGAGAGAGAAGCGAGACGGCCUGGCGAAGGCGAGGAGGACCGCACGCGCCGCGCGCUGUGGGCCGAGAGCCCGAUGAGCUCGCCCGAGAUGCCGGCGCCGAAGCUGCGGAGCGACUUGUACCAUAUGUCGCCUGUGCGGCUUGGCGGCAGGGGGCGUGCGGAUGGACCUCGAACACCUGGGGUUAGCGUGCAGACGCCUGGGACGGCGCGGAAGACGCGCGACGUGUUUGCGGAGGCAAAGGAUCGGGGGCGGAAUUUGGGGGUCGAUGUUGGGGCGGCGAAAGGGAAGGGAAAGGUAAAGGAGGAGAUUACGUGGGAGAGCGAUGAGGAUGAUGAUGAGUUCGGCGCGUUCAGUCCCCCGAAGACUAUCCAGUUUGCGCUGCCGCCGAGUAAGCUUUUGCAGACGCCUGCUCGCGAGGCAAGUAAACGGAUUGUUGAUGAUAUUCUCAUCACGGCUGGUGCGGCGCCGGAGGAUUCGUCUGAGUAUAGCCCGACUUUGGUCAAGAUGAACCAGGAUAUCCUCGACGACACGUUCUAAGGUAUUAUCUACGAAGGUUUAGGCACAGUGUAGCGGUUUCGCUACUAAUGAAGUAUAUGGCAGACGCAUCAGGUAGCAAUAGUUGUUAUUAUGAUCGUAAGCAGACGAAACACAAGAGAUACCCCCUUAUUCAUUGCUUCUCAUCAUUUGUUUUCUGGCUUGCUUAUUCAGUAAGCAAAAAGAGACUGCCUCACUUCCCGAGAUAUACGCUUCAUAUAUGUACCACCCAGAAUUCCCGAAACGCCAAAAUCUUGUUGGAUCCUCCUUUU